AUGGGCGUGAGCCCGAACCUCGUCGUCGUUCUCUGCCUACUCUGCGUCGCCGCAGGCAUGGCGCAGCAGUCACCGGGGCCGCAGCCGAAGCCGCCGCCUCUGGGGCAGGCCAUGUCCAUGGCCAUCGUGGUGUCCAUCGGCGUCGUCUUCUUCCUGGUAUUCCUCUGCCUGUACAUCACCCAGUUCCGGUCCCGCCACGCAGGAGACGGCGCGCCGCGUGCUGGCAACCCCGCGGCGUCCAGGCGCGGGCUGGACCCGGCGGUGCUGGCGACGUUCCCGAUCGUGCCGUACGCGGAGAUCAGGGCGCACAAGAUCGGCGGCGGCGCGCUGGAGUGCGCCGUGUGCCUGACGGCGUUCGAGGACGCCGACGACCUCCGGCUGCUGCCGCACUGCUCCCACGCGUUCCACCCGGAGUGCAUCGACCCCUGGCUCGAGGCGCGGACCACGUGCCCGCUCUGCCGCGCCAACCUCGCGAAGCCGCCGCCGCCGCUGCACGCCGCAGUGGCGAUCGCGAUGCCAGCGCAGGAGGACAGCGUCGAGGAGGACGAUGGCAGGAAGGAGGAGGCCGUGGAGCUGGAAAAGCUGCGCGGCGAGCGGCGGGCGGCGAGGCUGCGGAGGUCGCACUCGACGGGCCACUCGCUGGUCUCCGGGGCGUUGGCGGAGGAGGAGCAGUGCGAGUGCGACGACCACGAGAGGUUCACGCUGCGGCUGCCGGAGCACGUGAGGGAGCAGGUCCUCAGCAGGUGCUGCGCGAGUAGUCCCGCCGUGGAGAGCAUGCGCGGAGGAGCACAGUGCGUUGGGGGCAGCUUCCGCGACGCCGGUGACGAUGGCACGGAUUGCAGACGCGGCCGACGGCGGUGGCCGGCGUUCAUGUCGUGGGCCCGAGGGGGAGGCGGCGGCGCGGCCAUGAUGACGUCGACAUCGGCAGCGCCACCGGAACCGAAAUGA